AUAACUGAAUGUUAGCCAGCCAAACAGGACCGACCUCUCUCUUUUUCUGUGUGAGCCCUCCAGCCACAGGCGCACAGCCCGUGGAGAGGCAUGUCACAGCUGAAAGACAGCCAACCCUCCCUGAUCUGCGUGAAAAGGCAGCAGAGCGCGACCAUUUUCCAGCUUUACGCACGGGCUAUUAACCCUCUUUAUUCGCAAGCCUGAUAGAAAUCGGAUCACUGCCUGGGCUUUGUGGCGCUUUUUAAAAUUACCUAUAUGAUAAUCAUGAUUCCCAGUCCAGCUGUAGCUGCGUCCACCACGCCCUUUUCCGUGAAGGACAUUCUAAAGCUGGAGCUGCAGCAACAGUCUCAGCAGCAACAGCUUCAGCUGAUCUCCUGCUUCGGCCUCUCCGGCGCGCUGGCACAGCCGGGUUCCUUCCCGAACAAGCCGUUCGGCUCUCACUCGCCGCCCUCCUGCAUGCUGGCGGGCAGGGACAGCCCCAGCCCCAUCAGCUCCUGCCUGUCGGAGAGCGAGGAGAGGAUGUCGUACCUUAGCGCGCUGAGCGUCCAGGACCGACUGACGGAGUCCGGACUGGCCGCGGAUGUGUUCGGAGACACGGCACAAAUUCAUUCCGCAGACCCGCACCUGCAGAGCGAACAGGAGGAGCACGGCGGCAAAAGCUGUGGUGCUCUGAGAAGCGAGUGUGGAGAGGACACAGAGUCAGAGAAGCCCGUCACCAAGCAGCAGAGGACCAGGAGGAAGCCCCGCGUCCUUUUCUCCCAGGCCCAGGUCUUCGAGCUGGAGCGGCGCUUCAAGCAGCAGCGCUACCUGUCCGCCCCAGAGAGGGAGCACCUGGCCAGCUCCCUGAAGCUCACCUCCACCCAGGUCAAGAUCUGGUUCCAGAACAGGAGGUACAAAUGUAAGAGGCAGCGACAGGACAAGACGCUUGAGAUCGCGGGGCACCACCAUCACCACCACCACCAUCACCAUCCACCACCGCCGCGGAGGGUGGCGGUACCGGUUCUGGUCCGGGACGGGAGGCCCUGUCUGGCCGGAUCGCAGAACUAUAACAGUCCUUACACAGUAGCAGCUCCGAAUCCUUACAGCUACAACUACCCGGCCUACAGCUACAACAACUCUGUGUACAAUAACACAUACUCUUGUACUUACUCUAGUUUGCCCGCUCUUCCACCGAGCAGCAGUGCUCCGAAUGCGUUCAUGAACAUGAAUUUGGGAAAUCUGGGCGCGCAGACGCAAAGCCAGGCUCCUCAAGGACCUGUGAUCCAACCCUGCCAGGGAACCCUGCAAGGCAUCCGGGCAUGGUAGCUGGAACAGGCUUCAAUGGAUUAAUGAAUGGACUCAAGAUUACGAUCGUGCAAGCUAUAUGUUGGCUUUAAGUAGGUGUAGCGAAUGAAGUAGCCAUAAACCACAGACUGGGAUGAAAAAUGACAAUAUUGAAGAUUCAUUUCUUUAGAUCUAUUUGGACUAUUUGCAGUGUUAGACUAUGGGUGUAAAUCCUAAAAUAACAGAAACUGAUAUGUGCAUUUCUGAAUUAGAAUUAGCUUUUAAGCUAUUAAAUCUGGAGUUUAGUCAAUUAAAUGUUGGAUGAAGAGGAAGGGGCCUGCUUCAAUGGAGCCAUAACAAAACCACAAGUCAUUGCAAGCGCUUAGUGCGUACUCAUAAAGAAGUAUUAUGUUGGGAUUUUUUACUAUUCGUGUACAGCUUUACUUGUGUUUCAUACUGUUUUUGUUUUUCUUUUUAUGAAUGAUACUGAAAGUCUAUAAAUGCAAUAAAACUGGCGAUUAACAGGAUCGAGUCUGCGAUCAAGUGACUAAGCAUUAAUAUGAGAAUAAUCGACGGCGACGGAGUGAAGAAACUAACCAGACAAAAAGCACAACUUGACUUAGUGUUCGUCUCUUUCUGUGCCUAAUGGCACGCUGUCCAUUUAGAUUACCCCUCUAAAAUGUUAUCCGGUCAGUUUUAUUCCAAUUUUUUUCAAAGUUUCAAACAAUUUCUCAAGCAAAAAAAAAAAAAAAAAAAAGAAUUUUUUUCCGCCUGUGAGAAAAUCUGAGACAAGAACCAGAAACAGAGAAAAUUUAAAAGGGAGCUUACGUCCGGCCAGGAUUCAGAGAUGGACAUUAACCAGACAGCCGAUAUCAUCGGAACACACACAGCUUGGAAACCAUCAGAGCUCAACAUACUGUUGGGAAAAAAACAAAAUAAAAAUACUACUAUUGCUACUACUACUACAAUAAUAAUAAUAAUAAUAAUAAUAAUAAUAAUAAUAAUAAUAAUAAUAAUAAUAAUAAUAAUAAUAAUAAUAAUAAUAAUUUAAUAAAUCACAUUUUCAGCUAAUUUAAGCUUGACGCAUCACACAUCCUAAGCACAAACACACACAACUAUUAACACUCCCACUAUGCUGGACAUGGACUUCAGCAAAUACCUUUACCUACAAGCCAUGGCAGAACGCUCAGACGCUAUAAAUGGAGAUGAAUGGCAAAGUAAACAGAGUGUUUGUCUCUUCUGAUAGCCUCCCUGGUCACUUCCUCUGGCUACUGCUCUGCCGGUUUAGGACAUACCUGGUGUCAGCUCUAAGUGCUGCAGAGUCACUAGUGUAAAUAGAGCUGGCGACAGGACGGCGAUGCCUGAGGACGCAGCGGGCUGAGCCACCAGCGCUCUGAAAGGCAGGCGCCCGCGAUCGCUAUCGCGCGUGCUUCCAAAGAUAGCUGCUCAUCUCGGAGCUGUAAGCUCGCGGAGUUUCCCAAAACAGAAAGGUCUCCAAUGGCAACCACUCAAGGACCUUAGGGGGGGAAAAACAGAACCACCGUCCAGGAGAGGAAAACAAAUGCGUCCAUAUUGAUGAAUGAUGGGAGUUCUAGCUGUACAGAAAGGUUUGGUUCCCACAUUUGGCCUGAUACACUUUGAAAGUAAAUAUUACUGUGACUUGAAUGCUAGAGAAUAAAAAGGUGCAGAACUUGAUGUGACACACUUUUACAAAAGUUAGCAAUAAAUUAACCUGCAUCCUCAAUGAGAAAAUCGUACUUUCAAAUGUGGACAGUUUUGCUUGUCAAAUGUGGACAAGCUAACUGAAAAUAGACAAUAAGCUACAGCAGGGCCGUGCAGAGACCUUUGGAGGGGCAGGGGCUCAAAUUUAAAAAAGGGGCACAUUGAACAAAAACACCGUACAACAACAUAGCAAC